AAUUAGUUGGUGGUAAAAAAGAAGAAAAAGAGUUAAAAAAAGGUGAAGUGAAGCCAGAUGGCAGUUUAGUAAUUGUUGAUUCAGAAAAAAUUAAGACUAAUGAUUUCGAAUUAUUAUUAGGUCAGAUUAAACAGCAAAAAGAAAUUAUUAAAACUAAAAAAGCCGAAUUAGCUAAAAAACACGGUUAUGCGGAUGAAGCUAAACAGAUUUUAAAAGAGAUUAAAGCCUUAGAGCCUAAGAUUAAAGACACUUAUUUGCAAAGUAAGUAUAAGAAAGUGGCCAGCACUUCCCCGAGUGAAACUAAUGCUACGGAUUUGGAAGAUUAUGGCAGCAACCUUUAUCAAUUCUCAACUAGAACCGAAACCGAUGAUAACCAAAUUAGAGCGAUUGAUUACGAUAAAUUUGUAACUUAUACUAACGCUCACGCUCACUCCUUAUCCACUAGCACUAGUGAAAUAGAUCAAGCUGAAUAUAGUGCUACCAAAUUACAAGGCUAUUUAAAAGCUAUUCAAGACCGAUCCAAAUGUUUAGUAGAUAAUAAAAUUAAGACUGAUAACCACCCCGACAAAGGAAAAUCAGCUAACGGUCAUCGAAUUGAAUAUAGUUUUGGACAAGAUUUCACCAAACACGGCUCAAAUACUCCCCAAGAUAAUGAUACCCUGAUUGUUUUACCAGCCAAAGCUAACCCGAUGACUAAAAGUGAUUUCACUAACUUCACUCCGGAAGAUUUAGGAAUUCCGGUGGACAGUAAUGCCAAAUUAAUCAAUGGAAUUAUCCAUACUGGUUACCAUGACUUUACUAAUCGGCAAAAAUUAAUCAGUUCUUUUACCAAUGACCCGAUCAGACAAUUAUUUUCCGAUAUUCGAAGUUAUGUUCAAAAAGAUAAUGCUUUAAAAACUGAUAAAGAUGGUAGUGGAACUUCCACUCCUGAUUAUGCUUGCUUUGGCUCGGGAACUGACCCCGAAGAAAGUCGACUUAAUGAGUAUGAAACUGAAAAAGCCAGUUUAUUAGAAGGGGUUAAAACCGGUCGAGAAAGUUUAAAAACCGCUGAAAAAGCACUAAAUGAAGCUAAAAAAGAGUUAGUUAAAAAGAAAAAAGAAGUCGAUAGAUUCAAAAAAACCGCUACCGAAGAUAAUCGAAUCGAGUUAACUAGCAUGGGACAAAUUGAACUUUUGCUAAAACAAAUCCGAUAUUUAGAAAACUUUGAUGAAGAGGCUCCUAGUUCAGUAAACAACGAAGAAUUAGCAAGAAAGGAAUUGGAAACCUUAGCCCACAAGAUAUUUACCGAGCGAGAUGAAGAUAACAAAAUCUUUUUAGUCCGUUAUUUCCGAGAUGGCGAGGGAAGAACGGAGGCGGAAAAAAUCGAAAGUUUUGAAAAGAAUUUUGGCACUAAAUCUAAAUGGGUAAUGCAUGCUCUGUCAGAGGUAGUGACUGGAUUCAAAAAUUUGGAAGAGUUAGUUAAAUUACCUAGUCAUUAUCAAGAUAUGAAAAAGUCUAUUGAAGACUAUUUGGCAAAAAAACAAGAAGAAGAAAAACCUACCGAUUGA